GCAUCUGGUGGCAGUGGACGCUUGUGCGGUCUGAAGUUCCUUGUGGAAGCAAAAAGUCUGUUUCGUUGUUAAGCGUAGCUCCGUUGUGUGUAGGAAAAAAGAUGGCUGACGAAAAGAAGGUUGCGAAAGGCUCUGAGACCGAACAUAUCAACCUGAAGGUACUGGGACAGGACAAUGCGGUGGUACAGUUCAAAAUUAAAAAGCACACACCACUUCGCAAGCUUAUGAACGCCUACUGCGAUCGUGCGGGUCUUUCGAUGCAGGUAGUGCGCUUCCGAUUCGACGGGCAACCAAUCAACGAAAAUGAUACACCGACAACGCUGGACAUGGAGGAAGGCGACACAAUUGAAGUCUACCAGCAACAGACCGGCGGCGGCACGGCUUAAAAUGUAACGUCCUAGCAGAAGGGGAGAGCGAGUGCGUUACUAGUUUUAAGCUUUUUUUACAUUUAAAUUUAACAAGUGGGUAUUGGAGUGAGUUACUCAUAAUUUUUAAUUUUGUUCAUUUCCACGGCUUGGUCAACCGAGCUGCAAAGGAAACCAAAAGAUUUAUUUCUAUAACAUCACCCCCAUUCUGGGCGAAACAAAAUCUAAGUUUGGUAAAUACUGACAACAGAAAGAGUAACGAUAUCAGAGCAGUUGUAAUGUAAUUUCGUAACUAACAUCAGAUUGCACGUAUAUAAGGCUGUACGCGUAGCCUGAGCCAUUGGAAAACCUUGCAUUUAUUCAACUGAUGGAUCUGAACUUUACGAGAAUGAUGUUACAUGGAAAAUAAAGACAACUGAAUUUAUAAAGGACGAAA